AUGGAGGUCACCAAAGAAUCAGCGAACAGCCCAAGCCUGGCCAGCAACGGAGGAGAUAAGGCGGUAGACAAACUGGCUUCAGACGUAGCAACGCUUGAUGUGGCUGUUCCGAAACACUCGGAAUUACACGAGUCUAAUUAUGAAGUCGAAGUUGAACGAGCCGAUCCCAACUCUCCCUUGUAUUCGGUCUCGUCUUUCGAAGAUUUAAAACUACAUCCAGAUUUAUUGAAGGGAAUAUAUGAGAUGGGAUUUCGGAAACCUUCAAAGAUUCAGGAGAAAGCACUACCUCUCCUCCUUGGAAAUCCACCCCGUAAUCUAAUUGGACAAUCGCAGUCGGGAACAGGCAAAACUGCAGCUUUUGCCCUUAGUAUGUUAAGCCGUAUAGAUUAUAGCUCCGACGUACCCCAGGCGAUUUGCGUGGCUCCUGCGAGAGAAUUGGCUCGGCAGAUCAUGGCGGUGAUCAAAAGCAUGGGCAAGUACACAACAGUUACGGUUGCCGAAGCAAUAAAACAGUCUGUCAUGAGAAAUCAGAAAGUAAAUGCACAGUUAAUUGUGGGGACACCUGGAACGAUGACCGAUCUGAUCAAACGGAGGCUAAUUGAUGUUAGGAAUGUUAAGAUAUUUGUCUUGGAUGAAGCCGAUAAUAUGCUGGACCAACAAGGACUUGGUGAUCAGAGCAUACGAUUAAAAAAUAUGAUGCCCAAAAACACGCAAAUUGUUCUCUUCUCAGCCACAUAUUCUGAUGAGGUGCGGGACUUUGCAACACGCUUUGCACCUGAUGCCAAUCAAUUCAAACUAAAGGUUGAGGAGUUAUCAGUCAGUACUAUUAAACAAUUUUAUAUGGACUGUAAGAAUUCAGAUCACAAGUUUGAGGUGCUAGAUGCUCUAUAUGCACUGCUGACUAUUGGACAAAGCAUAAUUUUCGUUCAGCGACGUGAUACGGCUGAUACAAUUGCGAGACGGAUGACCGAAAGCGGUCACCGGGUUAUUAAUCUUCAUGGAGGACUGACACCGACGGAACGUGACCAAGUAAUGGAUGCAUUUCGCAAUGGUGAUGCGAAAGUGCUUAUAACUACAAAUGUGCUAGCUCGGGGUAUUGACAUCAUGCAAGUCAACCUUGUAAUUAAUUACGAUAUUCCAACGAACGUGACAGGAAGAACUCCUGACUAUGAGACAUAUCUUCAUCGUAUUGGGCGCACUGGUAGAUUUGGACGCACUGGGGUAUCGAUUAACUUUGUCCAUGACGAACAAAGUUGGAAACUCGUUGAGAUGAUUCAAAAUCAUUUUAAACGCGAAAUAGUCCAAGUACCAACAGACGAUUAUAAUAAGAUUGAAAAGAUUUUAAAGAAGGAAAUCAAAGGAUGA